AUGGCAUAUCAACAUGAUCAAAAGCAUGAAAAGCAAGGCUGCAUCCAACUAGUUCGCUGUAUUCCACCAACGGAUGAAGAACUAAAGAAUCCUCAAUAUGUACCUCAAUUGGAGAUUAAUUCACAAGCACAACAGAUUCUUGCUGAACGCUUUGAAGCACCCAUUUCUAUUAUUGUCUAUGUAGGCAAUAUGGGCGUUGGUAAAAGUAAAUUGGCAACAGUUACUGUAGCGGCUUUAGAAAAAGAGACGCCUGGAACAGACUUACUCUGGUUUCGAAGUGGUGCCGGUACUAAUGGAGUAACACAAGGUGUUUGGAUGUGGUCCGAGCCACUUCGACAUCCUGAUCAAGAUGAAAAAACAAAGGGUUCAAUUCUAAUUCUCGACUGUGAAGGAACGGAUAAUUUAGAUGAGAACACGGGUGCUAAUUUGUAUUUUUUCUGCAUGGUUGUAAGUACAGCAUUUGCUGUCGUCCUUCGUCCUGCUCGUAUAGAUCGGUUUCAAUGUGAUCGUCUCUAUCAUGCAUUAAAUCGAUUCGAAGUCAUGAAAUCAUUGCAUGUUUUGCCAAACAUAUGGCUAUUACCAUUAGAUCUACCCAAGUUUUUACACAUUGAUCGUGAUACUGGUGACGAUAUCGAAAUUUCGAAAGACGAAUGGCUUCAUCAAAUAUUCAGUGUUGACGAGGAGCGCAACAAUUUAUCAAGUGGUCACAAUCAAAGACUGAAAGAACAAUAUGAAUAUAUCACUCAUAUCUAUCUUCAUGAUCCAAGUGUAGAUUGGGAUUCUCUUAUUGGAUCUGAUGCAGCUAAACGUACUAUAAAAGAAGAAAUUGUUUAUCCAAUACAAGUAGGAAUAAAUACAAAAGGAAAAAAACAAAAAAAACUAUCAUUUUUAGGAAAAACUGUAUUAACUAAAGCAGUAGCAACUGAAUGUAAAACAACAUUUUUUAAUAUAUCAGCAUUAACUAUUGCUAUCGAAUGGCUUGAUGCUUCGGAAAACCUUGUACGCGUUUUAUUUGAAGCAGCACGAUUUCAUGCUUCAUCAGCACUUUUUUUGGAUAAACUUGAUGCAAUAAUGAGUCAACAUGGCAGUGAUGAUAAUGCAAGAUCGAAACUUGAUCAUGCUACGUUAAGGCGUUUAAAAAAACGUGUUUUAGUUGAUUUGUCAACAAAAGAAGCCCAAGAAACUAUGUUUCAACAAUUUUUACCACCAACUGUUAUUUGUGAAAAUAAUGGUCUUUCUAAAGAGGGUUAUUCUGGUGUGGAUAUCAUACUUGUAUGUAAAGAAGCCGCAAUGAAUCUAUUGCGACAAGUAUUUGAUAUACUUGAAACUCUUCAAGAUGAUCCUGAAUUAGGUAAAUGUAUUCAACUUGAUUCAAUAACAACAACUGAUGUUGAAAAAGUUUUAUCAACAAUAAAAUUAUCAACACGAGCCUUUAAAGAUAAAUAUAUACAAUGUCAAAAAGAAUUUGAAUCUGUUUAA